CAGGCCAUGCAUCCACCGUCUCUGGAUACACCUCUCCCAUACUACAGACUCCAGGAUUACCCAAACUCGCCGCCUGCGCCUGAUACAGGCUCCUCCAACUGGCCGCCUCCGUCUCCGUCUGCGCCUGCGCCUGAUACAGGUUCCUCCUACUGGCCGUCUCCGCCUGCGCCUGACCCAGACGGCCCAUACUGGCUGCCUCCGAUUCUGCCCAGAUCGCCGCAUGUGCCCCACCGGUCUCUAUCAACCAUGGUAAUUGCAGGACCAGUGAUUGGUUUGGUGCUGAUUAUAGUGGGGUUAGUAUCUGCUGGUUUAUUUAUACGGAGAAGGAACAGGGCGAGAGAAAGAGAAAACCCCUCUGCACCGCCACAACCCCAAGACGUCAACCACGUACAAUUAGAAAGCUAUUACCUGCCACCAGCCCCGGCCAUGACUUCUCAAUCACGACUAGAUCCUUCGCCACUUAACUACCCGUACUGGCCAUCAGUCCCAGCCGUGGCUUCUCAAGGACAGCGAGCAGAUUCCAACCAAUUGCCCUACAAUGGAGGUCCUUGGCCGGUCAACGGCCCACAGCCCCAAAACCGUCUCCGGCCACCAGCCGCGCCUGCUUACGGGUAA